CCCCCCGCCCACGCACGUCUGCGGCCUGUAGGCAGAAUGUUGCGGAGCCCCCUGAACACAGACAAAGAUCUCGCCCUCCGCCCCGUGUCCCCGCCCCCCGACAACAAGAGCCCAGUAAACAGCAGCAGUGAAGACCCACAGGUUAAGGCAAAACCCUUCACCCCAAAGCCGCCCCCGCCGAGGCCCAAGCUGGAGCGGGCGCUGUCCUUGGAUGAGAAGGGCUGGAGGAGGAGGCGUUUCCAAACCAGCCACGAGGACUUGGCCGCCCAGAAUGGGGCCAGCCCCUCCAGGGGCUCCUUGCAGGACAGCGCCCCCGGGGCCCCCGCCCACACUUGCUCCCCACCUCGCCUGAGCACCUCCUUGCAGGAGAUCCCCGCGUCCCGCAGGGCCCCUGGCAGAGCCGGCGGGAGCCCCUCCUUGUGGGAUAACAGCGCCUCCCUGGACCUCCUGCACCGGGAAGGGGCCUCAGGCGGGAGCACCCCCAGGCUGGCCAGCGGGCUUCCCUCCCGCCCGCUGCCCACCAUGGACUGGAACUUCUCCUCGAACUCCCUGCGGACUGCAAACAAGGUGGACGCGGAUCACGCGGACUACAAGCUCCGCCUGCAGGCCAGACUGUUCCGGGCCCACAGCAGCCUGGGCCCCGGCCAGCCCCCGAGCCCCCUGGCCUGCGACCACUGCUCCCUGCACUCUGCCAAAUCCUCCAGCCUCCUGGCGCCCAUCCGCGCCAAGGACGUCCGGAGCAGGAGCUACCUGGAGGGGAGUCUCCUGGCCAGCGGGGCCCUGAUGGGGGCAGACGAGCUGGCCCGCUACUUCCCGGACCGGAGCGUAGCCCUCUUUGUCGCCACCUGGAACAUGCAAGGCCAGAAGGUAAGCAGGCGCCCCCGGGACGAAGUUGGCGUUCCUGCCGCGCCGCCCGGGUCUGCCCGUCACCCCCACACACUGCGUUAGUGACUAGGCAGGAAAGCCUUCUUUCUUCUUAGACACUUCAUUGUUUAGAGCAGUUUUCUGU